CACGCCGCUGCUGGGACCCGUACCCCCGCCCGCCGCUGCCCAUGGCACCGCUGCCCCCUCUGCUGCUGCUGCUGCUGCUGCUGCUGCCGGUGGUCGUUUAUAAAGGCACUUUUGGGGAAGCCCAUUUGAGAAAUCGAAGAGGAAUUCUGGAAUUAGCUGGAGCCAUCAAAUGCACCACAGGGCGCUCUCCUUUUGCGUACCUCCGCUAUGGAUGCUACUGUGGCCUGGGAGGAAAAGGAUGGCCCAAGGACAGAGUAGACUGGUGCUGCUUUCACCACGACUGCUGCUAUGGGAGGGCAGAACAAGCGGGUUGUCAACCAAAGACUGAAAGUUACCACUGGGAAUGCAAAGACAAUUCUGCUGUGUGUGACUCACUAGAAGAUAAAUGUCAAAAAAUGGCAUGUGAAUGUGAUCGUGAAGCUGCCAAGUGUUUUUCUAAAGCUCCCUACCAUAGAAAAUACCUUUUGUGGCCAGACUUUAUGUGUGGUGAGAUUCAGCCUUUGUGUAGAUAUUAGAUACAUGACUCUUGUAUAUAUUUAAAUCUACAAUGACUUUUUUUCGGCCACAGUAAUGACAACAAACGAUUUUCCCCUUUCUUGAUACUCCCUCAUUCCACCUCAGCCUCUCCACCCCAAAACUGCCAAAGUAAACAUUUUUCCUCUUAUUUA